AACCUUUUGAGGGCUGAACGCUGGGCAAAGGAGCAAGGGCUCCCGUUCCCGCAAAUCGACGGGAACCCAGUCUUGGAAAAUUCUGACAUUGAAGAAUGUUAUGUAUUUGAAGAUCAGUCAGAUCCAGAAUGCCCAACAAUUUUACAUUUUCCUCUUACCAACAAAACAUUCAAAGACUUCAGCGCACCAGGUAAGACGCAUAUUACUACUGUCUACUGAGCUUUAUAUAUACAGUAACUGUUUUUCUCAUAUACUACAGCAGUGAAAUUAUUCGGUUUAUUUAAUUACCUGCAUUACAGUAUCUUGGGCAUCGAUUUUUGAAAUGACUUGCAUGCGUUUUCUAUUUUGAUUCACUUUUGAACAUGGUGGUAUUUUCUGCAUAAGCGUUUCAUGUUCGACUUAUCAGAGCCGGACAAAAAUAUCGCCGGUACAAAAAGGUGCACCUCACAAACAGCGUACAAAUAUAUUUAAAUGAUUUUAAACCCUGAACCAAUGAAAAUGCUGCAUUUUGCAUAUGGACCACCAAAACUGCCUAUAUGCAUAUCGAAUACAGAUAUGAAGUUAUGGAGGCAGAGCCCCCAUAUUAGACAUAUAUAGUAUUCAAUAUGUAUAGGUAACAGUAUAGUUUUGAGUGCAAUUUGGGGAGAAAAAAACAUGCACCAGUGAGUUUUUCAACAGACUAUCAAAAUUGCACGAGACCGAACGAAAAACUCACGAGUGUAUGUUUUUGUGGUUAGCCUGCGCAUGCGCAGCUAACCACUAAACCAUAAAAAAGUUUAGUGUGACAGUUUUUAGUCUGCGCAUGUGCGAAAUAUUGUAGUUAAUUAAACGCAUACGAAAGAGCCGUUGGUUUAUGGAAUUUUGUAGUUAAUUUAAAGGCAAACGAAAGAGUCGUUGGUUUAUAUGAAAUUUCGUAAUUAAAGGCUCUGGCAUACUCUUUCGCUUGCGCAUAAUUAAAGCAGAUCGAUAUGCAUAUGGACAUAUUAUAUCGUCGGUUUACUUUGGAGGUUCAUAUAUCUUUGGUUCAGUGCAUGCUAUGUGGAUGAAAAUACCACCGUUCAAUUCAGUGAUUAAUUUAAAAGCGUACGAAAGAGUCGUUGGUUUAUGAAAUUUUGUAGUUAAAGGCUCUGGCAUACUCUUUCGCCUGCGCAUAAUUAAAGCAGAUCGAUAUGGACAUAUCAUAUCGUCGGUUUACCUUGGAGGUUCAUAUAUCUUUGGUUCAGUCAUAGUUCACAAUCUCGUUCCCCGAGCCUGCGAUCCUCGGGAAGGAACGCGAGGCUCUGGGAUAAUCCGUUUCAGGGAGGAAUCUGAUUGGCCGUUGAAACGGAUUGCGUAGUUCAAUCUUAGCCAGAAUUCCUGGCUUCCGGCAACGGAUUAUCUCAGAGCCUCGCGUUCCUUCCCGAGGAUCGCAGGCUCAGGGAACGAGAUUGUCAUAGUUCAGUGGUUGCUAUGUGGAUGAAAAUACCACCGUUCAAUGGACCUUUCCCCUUAUAACUAAAAUUUCGAUCUAGACAAAAAUUUCAUCACAGCUUGAAAGAGCAUCACAAAAUUAGUAAUAUUCCAAAGUUUUGUUUCAAAAUGUUGUAAAAUGCGGAUAAUAUAGCCUUGCGAAGUUUGCCGUUUUUCAGUCAUUUUGUAUUACAAACGGGAAAUUGACAUCCGAUUCGGGUGUUGGGGCUGCAAUUUCCCGGUUGUAAUGCAAAAUGACUGAAAAUUGCAAACUUCGCAAGGCUCUAUUUUCCUCAUUUUACAACAUUUCGCAACGAAACUUUGGAAUAUUACUAAUUUUGUGAUGCUCUUUCAAGCUGUGAUGAAAUAUUUGUCUAGACUUGCCUAGAUCAAAAUUUUGGUUAUAAGGGGAAAGGUCUAUUCAGUGAAACAAUCCCUAUGGAUUGUUUUAGGCAAAAGUCAACAUGAACAUAGCGAUUUACGAUCUUUGGAAGUUUAAUUAAUUAAGCGAUUCCAUAUUUCACACAAUUUUCCCGAACAAUGUAAACAAUGUCAAUGUAUUACCAUCUAAGACAUCAAGUGCAUAACCUUUCGCCGAACAGAACUUUGGUCCCUUUCAACAUAUCUUUUUCGUAAUAGUUUUGUUCGAAUCAGAAUCCAAAACACUAUUCAGAGUGUUAUUUUCAAGCUUGUAUCUACAGAUUUGCAUCUUAUAUUUCGGUAUUUCAGAAUAUCUAAAUUUUUAGUGAAAGCUUCGACCGGAAAUACAAACUGAUUGUCGAAACAAUGCUGUCCUAGCACUCGGGAAACGUCGGAAACCAUUCGUCGGAAACCGAUUCGAGUCACAUUACCCCUGUAGCGUGGCCGAAGUUAUAUGUUCAGCGAAAGGUACGAUCUCGCUUGCCUUUCAGAGGCAAUAAAUCGCUACAAUGUUGAUAAUGACUAAAGCUAUUGUAAGGAACUAUUUGAUUUUUUCAUAGCAUGCACUAAACUAAAGAUAUGAACAUCUAAAGGUCCAGACACACGGGAUGCGAUUUGACAACGCGACGCGAUUUUUCGACUUUCACUGACCGAUGACUUUAAUCCUAGUUUAAAUUUUCCAAGUAUUUAGAAGCGUUAUAACAUUUUGUCUUUUAUAACUCUUUGUCUACAUGUCUUUUAAGAUUUGCUCUCAUUGGCUGUUGUAUUAACUUUCGAAAACUAAAAAAUCGCGUCGCGUUGUCGAAUCGCUCCCGGUGUGUCUGGACCUUAAAUGUUGGCAGCUUUUAGCGACCUACGAUGCUUGGGACUGAGCGAGAAAGAGUUUUAAAAUUUUAUUUUAGCCGUUUACAACGAAAUAGUAGAGUUAAUUUAACAUUUUCUGGUUUGUUUUUAAAAAGGUUGCUGUAUUAUGGCUAUAUGUUAUACGGUAUUUGGUUUCAUACGACAAAGAAUGAAGAACAAAAAUUUUAUGGUUCAAUGGUUGAAAAAUCAACCAAGAUAUUUCGUUCAUUAUAUUGAACGAAAUCAGCUGUAUGACGUUAUAACAAUUGCCAAUCCUAUAGGCUAACCACAUGUACGCAAUGCGUACCUAUUUUUCUAAAUUGCACGAGAAAUCAUACUAUUACUUAUUAAAAAUAUACAUGAAAACAUUAUCCAGUCACGUGCGUAAGUCACAUUUAGAAUUUAAGAAAUUAAGAAAUUUGAAAAAUAAAAAAUUAAGAAAAAUUAAGAAAAAUUAAGAAAUUUGCACUGUAUUUCUUUUUUUUAGCACUGUAUUUCAUUUUUUGGCACUGUAUUUUGAAAAACCGCUCUUAGCCAAUCAGAAUUGAGAAAUUUUUAAAUGUAUAUUAUUAAGACAUGAUAUAGUAUUCAAUAUAUAUAUAUAUUUACUCUGAAUUAAAAUCUUUAAUCUUACAAAUACACAUGAUUUUUCAAUUUCGAAACAUAUUAUCCAUUUCAUUACAUGUUUUAUCUAUCUCACAUUUCAGGGGUACCGCGAGUGACAAAAGAGGAUAAAGAACUUGGAAACUUUGCAAUCUUUGAUGACCCUGAAAACCCCUAUUCAUCCUACAACUUCGAAUACGAGGAGAAACAGUUUGACCGACUUCAUGAACUGAUGAAGUACAAUACCUUGGCUAAUAUGGACGUUAUCAAGGGAAAGAUUGCAUCUCAAACAGAUUACAGACGAAAUAGUCCUCAUUAUGUUAGUCAGUAA